CGCGGCGAGCUUCAUCAUGGCGGCGGAGUUUCGCUCUCUGGCGAUGAAAUACCGUCAACAGUCAUGAAUGAGCUCAAAAUAUUGCACUAAAACGGUUUUUUAAAGCAGUUCGCUUUUAAGCUCAUUAUUCUCUGAAGGACGUUAUUAGUAUAUAUCGUGUCAUCGUGAGUCUUGAUGGAUGUACGUUAACGCGGUGGGUGACUCUCCACGUUAUUGCUCUCAUUUCCAGCCUUUGGUUUCUCAUCGGGUUGGUUUGACGGAUCUGAGGUGAUAAUGUGUUUCAGGUAGUUUUCCUUUGCGGCGUUCCUCAGGGCUCUGUUAGUGGCCCGACUGCAUUCAGCAUGUCUUCCACGGCCGUCCCCAAACCUUCACCUACGCUCUCAGUCCUGGACAAUCUCUCCAUAUCGUCUCUGAUGUCUGGAGACCUGGAGGAGGAUGGCGAGAGAGCAGACGAGGAUCUGGGCGAUCUGGAAGUGAACCCCUACGAUGGGCUCCCAUAUUCCUCUCGCUACUAUAGUCUUCUGGAGGAGCGGAAGCAGCUUCCCGUGUGGAGUCUGAAGCUCAGUCUGCUGGAGCACAUGGAGUCGCACAGCAUGAUCGUCCUGAGUGCAGAAGGAGGAACGGGGAAAAGCACGCAGGUUCCUCAGUGGUGUGUGGAGUUCGCUCUGUCUCAUGAGUUCUCUCAGGGUCUGGUGUGCUGUUGUCAGCCGUACGCGGCGGCCGCCUGCAGUCUGGCGCUCCGAGUGGCUGAUGAGAUGGACUUGAGUCUGGGGUUGGAGGUGGGCUACAGGGUCCCACACGAGGACGGCUGCACGCCGGACACCAUACUGCGGUUUGUCACAGACUCUCUCCUUCUGGAGGAAAUGAUGUCAGACCCUCUGCUGCGGCAGUACGGGGUCCUGGUCAUUGAUGAGGCCCAGGAGCGCACAGUUGCGACGGAUGUGCUGCUGGGGCUGCUGUGUGAUGUGUGCCGCCAGCGCGCUGAGCUCAGGGUGGUGGUGCUCACCGCGCCUGCAGUCGCUCAGACCUUCGCCAGCUUCCUGGGAGAGAGCGUUCCUCACCUCAGCGUUCCUAUGCAAACCAACACCGCUGAAAUACUGUACCGGGAGCUGCCGGCAGGACGUGACCUGGCCACAGCUUCCUGUCACAUGAUCCUGGACCUACACCGCAGGGGAGAGGAGGGAGACAUACUGGUGUUCCUCCCUAGUGUGCAGGAGAUUCAGGAGUGUCGCACGGCGCUGGAGAAGGAGUGUGUGUCUCUCAGCGCUCAUCUGCUGUCUCUGCGCGUGAUCGAUCUGCACGCCGGCAUCGGAACAUCAUCGCAGCAGCUGUACAGCUCCGAGAGUGCUGAGGACAAGCAGCAGGACGAGCUGCCGGACACUGCAGAGUCUCCAGCCCAGAGACGCAGGGUCAUCCUCACCGACGUCUUAGGAGAGGCUUCAUUCUCUCUCAACAACAUCCGAUACGUCAUCGACGGCGGCAUCCAGCUGAAGACCAUCUACAACCCACAGAUCCGAGCGGAUUCACAGCUUCAGCAGCCCAUCAGCAAACAGCAGGCUGACACACGCGCCCGCAGGGUCAACAGCACGCUGUCCGGCGUGUGUUUUCGGCUGUACUCUCAGGUGAUGUAUGAGGAUGAGAUGCCAGCGUCUCGCUGUCCGGCGGUGACCGAAGCAAACCUCAGUCAUCUGGUGCUGCUCCUCAAGCGGCUGGACAUUGCAGACAUGGGCCAGUGCAAGUUCCUGGACCGGCCAGCCCCGGAGGCUCUGAUGCAGGCGCUGGAGGAUCUGGAUUAUCUGGCGGCUCUCGAUGACGAUGGGAAUCUGUCCGAGGUGGGAAUCAUCAUGUCUGAGCUUCCUCUGGAGCCGCCGCUAGCCAAAGCUUUGAUCGCAUCCUGCGAGUUUGACUGCGUGAACGAGCUGCUGACCAUCGCUGCCAUGCUGACCGCUCCACCAUGCUUCACAACGCCAUCAGCUAAUAAAGUGGAGGCGGCAGCGACGCACAGACGACCCCUGCUGCAUUCAGACGGGGAUCACAUGACCCUCAUCAACGUCUAUAAUGCGUAUCUGCAGCAUAAUGAAGACGAGGUCUGGUGCAGGACAAACUUCUUGAAUGCCUCUGCUCUACGAUUGGCUGUAGUGAUCAGGGCGGAGCUACUGGAGGUGAUGCAGCGAAUCGAGUUGCCCGUCUCUCCUCCUGCUUUCGGUUGUCAGGACAACAGCACCAAUAUAAAGAGAGCUUUGAUAUCAGGCUUCUUCCUGAAGGUUGCACAUGAUGUUGAUGGCUCAGGGAACUAUCUGCUGCUCACGCACCGGCACGUGGCUCAUCUUCACCCGUUCUCAUCGUACCACUGCCGCCGACCGCAGCCCAGUCCGCCCAGCUGGGUGCUUUACCACGACUUCACCAUCUCUCACGACAACUGCAUCUGCAUUAUAUCUGAGAUUCACCCACAAAUGUUGGUGGAGCUGGCGCCUCAGUACUAUCUAGGGAACCUUCCAGCCAGUGAAGGCAGAGAUCUGCUGAUGGGCCUCAGACAGAGUUUAUUUCCUCCAGAUGAGCAGGACACAAACCCUCAGGACCAAAGCCAUGAAGAAGUGGGCAGUCAGGACAGCGCAGAGACAUGCAGCGUACAGUAGCUGAAACGCUCCCUGCACACAAACUCAAACCAGCAGCGGCGGUGUGCAGUAAACACCUCCAGACGAUCGCUCUUCAGCAGCCUCAAUCAGUCUCGCGUGAGAUCUCAUCAGGCCCAGAUUUACUAUUUCUGUAACUGACUUGCUAGGAAAUAUAUAUAUUUAUAUAUUUUUAAAAGUAAAUGAAGACUUCUUUCUGGAUGAAGUAAGGUAACGGAGUCCAGCAAACGCAAUCUCAGCCUCCUGCAGCCGAUCAGAUGAAGCUCAAAUCAUGUCCACUCACAUGAGGAAGACUCUAGUCACAUCAGUAAUAAAUAGUAGUCUGUCUUUGGACAAUGUCUCUUGUAGAAUAAAUGAGUCACGGCUGUCUGUCAGCAGCAUGGAAGCUUACGUCUGCCAUGAAAUAAAAUAUCUAGUUGUGAAAAAUAAAGAAUUGUCACAAUUGCAAAAUACAUGAAUUCUUAAACUCUCACAAUUGCAAAAUAUAAACUUUGCAAUUCUUUAAAAAAAAGUGAGAUAUUGAGAUUUAUAAAAUGGAUAGUUCCGGUGCUUGAUUCUGAUUGGCUGAGCCACGGUGGAAGCUGUUGGAAAUUACUCUACAAACACACACCUUUGUUUACGUUUGUGUGUUGCUUGGCAACCACUUUGUUGCAACCACAACUUUUCCCUAGGUACUACAUUGUUUGGUGGAAGGAUACUGUUUUUAUUAAUAUCAUUACACUUUAUUUGCUGUUUUAUUUUGUGAAACCUUACUACAUGUAUGGAAUAACCAUUUUCUUAAUACAAUAAUGCCCCUGGAGCCGUGGUUUACAGUGUAACUGUUUCACAUCGUGCCUAACAAACACCCCUUAGCUAUUAUAAAAUCACUGUAAACCACGGUUUCUUGGGUCAGAAUUGCUGGAUGUAAACUCAUAAUUCUGGAUAGUGAAUAAAAAUAAGAAUCGCGAGAUCUGAAUACCAGAAUUUAGAGAAAAUAAAUUGUUGUGAGAUGCAAACGUGCAAUCAGUCAUUGAUGGAAAUAAGCUUCCAUAGACUAGAGCAUUUCUACACAGUAUCAGCAGAAACAUUUACUUUCGCAUGAUCCAGCAACUGAAUCACCAUGUGAUUGUGUUAGCUCACACUAACACCGCAUCCUGUAAAGACAGAGCGGCAUCAAAACAUGACAUUUAACAUUCUCGUCCAGAAGCUCUUUUAUUUUAUAUUUGUGUUGUGCUCUUAUAAACAAUUGCAUUUCUUCUUGUUUCAUUUUGCCAUCUGCGCGGAUAGUCGGCAGUUCUCAUUCACAGCUGUUAUUUUCUGUUUUGUGUAUUUGUAUUCAUGCAGACUUUCUCCUCCUUUAAAUUGUCACUCAAUAACUGACAUCCUCACUACGACAUGCACUACACAUUAUCGGCUUCAGCUCGUUCACACAGACGAUGUUACUAGAGUCUGGGUUAAUUGUUUACAAUGAAGGUUUUUCCAGCAUUGAAGCACAACAGUUUGAGCUUAAGAGUCUUGAAGCCGGUUCAAACUUAGAACCUUAACUGGACUCUUAUUAUUCUCCACACCAGCACACGAUAACGCUGUUUAUUCUAACACCGUGUCUACACCGGAUGUGAAUUUAUUAUAAUCAGUGAUGCUGUCUACACUGGAUGCGGCGCGUCGUGACAAAUCCCAGUCAGAAAACUGCUGCUGCUUUCUAUUUAUGACGUAUUGACAAAAAUUUCAAAUGAUUUUCAACCGGUCUCUUUGUCGCGUCCAGUGUGGACAGAUUUUAGCUGCGUUGCGUUCGGUACACGGUGUUAGCGCGACUGCAGUUCUAAGAACAAAUGUUCUUCCAAUAAUUCUAAUCAAAUGUUUGUUCAAAGUUAGCAGGCCUGUAAUCAUAUUCUCAAAACGUUAAUAAUAAACAUUAUUUAUACAGGGUUCACAGAACUUUUUUUUUUUUUUCAUUAAACGCUGUCGUCAAACGUUUUUUAAAAUUUUAUUGUUUUAGAAAGCAAUCAAAAGCACCGAUUAUGUUUGCAAAAUGAUAAAAUGUAAUGUUCAUAUAACAAUUCAAAAAAUACUAGAUUUUGAACAUUCAGAAAUAACAUUAUCAUAACUAAAUGUUAUCAAAACGUUCUUAGAUUUUUGUUAGCAGGGUUUGAGUCAUUUAAUUGAUGUUCUGGACUUUCCAACACUUUAUCUUUGACAAACAAACUUUCAUCAUAGUUCUUGAUUCAUAUUCUGUGACACUGAGCGUGAGUGGAGCUGAUGUCUCGUCGUUGAUCAACACUGUGGAUGUUCAGGGUUCAGUUUGUGUGAAUCCUCUGAUUGUGUUUUGUGGUUUUAGAGCUCGUCUGUUUUCUCCUUGUAGUUUGUUUUUGUACUUUUCUAAAUGCAACAUCUCUCUCUCUUUUGUGUGUCAACUCUUGAGUGUACAAAUGUGAUUUUAAUACAGUGGAAAAUUUUAACACUAAUUAAAAGUUGUGGAGGUUUUGAUU